AUGACGGAAUUUGAUGCUGCUGUUUUCCAGAGGCGAACCUCUCUCGCUUUUUAUCAACGUCAACUAUUCACCACGCCACCCGUGACCUCUCGUAAUGAGGUAGACCUAGCAGGAAAAACAGCCAUCAUCACUGGGUCAAACACCGGUCUUGGAUUCGAAUGUGCACGACAGCUGCUAGAUCUCGGUCUAAGCAAGCUCAUUGUCGCCGUUCGCAACAUUACAAAGGGCGAGGAAGCAAGGGGAAAGCUACUUUCUGGAAGAAAAGCCGAGAAUUACUCCAUCGAGGUCUGGGAGUUGGAUCUCUUAUGCUAUGGCUCCAUUGUUUCCUUUGUGGAGCGAACCAGGACACUUGAACGACUAGACUACUUUGUCAACAAUGCUGGCUUUACAAGGCUGUCGUUUGCGAUAAACGAGAAGACCGGGCAUGAGGAGGUUAUACAGGUCAAUUACUUCUCACUCGCAUUGCUCACUAUCCUUAUACUGCCGGUACUAAGGGAGAAGAAUUCAGCUCGACAACCUGGACGUCUAGUUAAUGUGUCCUCUGAUACCCCUUCCUGGGCCAAGUUUAAAAAGAGAGAUUCAGUCCCUUUAUUACCCGCCUUUGACAAGGAGGAUAAUUUCGAUCCACAUGAUCGUUACGCAACGUCUAAGCUACUUGCUCAGCUUUUUCUUGCACGGCUUGCCAAACAAGUGCCUCCCUCGGUUGCUACCAUCAACACUCCUAACCCUGGCCUUUGCAAAACAAGCUUGACUAGGAAUUACAAGACCAGCUUGCAGAGGGUUUUAUUUGGCAUAUUUAAGCUUGUCUUUGCUCGCACUGCUGCUGUUGGCGCUCGCUCUAUUACUAAUGCCAUCGUUAAGCAUGGUUCGGAGUCACAUGGACAAUACCUGGAAGAUGGGGAAGUACAGCCUAUGGCACCUUUCGUAUACACGGACGAAGGUAAGAAGGUGGCAGAGUUGUUAUGGGAGGAAACCAUGGCUGAACUAUCUUUUGCAAAUGUUUCUGACAUUCUGGAAGAUCUAAGUCUGUAA